AUGAAGGUGUGAUGUGACUUGGUUAAUACCAGAGACACAACUACCUGUGUAGCUAAGUAUAUACGCAUUGUCAAAACCCUGCAUAUUAGCUGAUCUUGUUCUGCGGUGCAAUGGCUUCUCACCUUGAGGUACACCUGCUGCUGUCUGACGCAGGCUGAGAACACGUCAUACUCCCUCCAGCCAAGCCUUCUGCUGAUGGAGCUGAACCACAAGCAAUCUCACAGCACUGAAAUGAGACCAUUCAAUAGCACAGUACAAUACUAUCAUAUGACACAAGAUACUAUUAUAAUAUGACAACUGAAAACCAUAACGUCUAGCACAGUGAAUCACACAGUCAUGGGCUUUCAGAGUAUGAAUGAUCCAACACUGGAGAACAAGCAAUGAGAAAACUAUUGAUCCUUUGUUUCUUGAUGAUAUUGCAGGCUAAGCGUCAUCAUCACCAAUGCCUGUGUGUGUGUGUGUGUGUGUGUGUGUGUGUGUGUGUGUGUGUGUGUGUGUGUGUGUGUGUGUGUGUUUGGAGGUGAUGCACACACGGCUUAAAUUAUCAGCUGUCAGAAUGAGGCCAGUGACUCAUUCUCAUAAACAGAGUGUAUGUGAAAUGGGUGUGCAAGAGAUUCUCAGCUGAAACUAUAAACUAAUGGUUCUUAUUUAACAAACUGUAUAAUUAUGCAUGUAACAUGUCGUGUAGGUCAGUUGGUAGAGCAUGGCGCUUGCAACGCCAGGGGUUGUGGGUUCGAUUCCCACGGGGGACCAGUAUGAAAAUGUAUGCACUCACUAACUGUAAGUCGCUCUGGAUAAGAGCGUCAGCUAAAAUGACUAAAAUGUAAAAUGUAUUACAUCCACCCCUGACCUUUUCCUACCAUUGAGGUUUGACAUUAUGUCCUGGUCUUAUUUUGCACUGCUUUUCUUUGUUUUUAAGUAACACUGGUUAAUGCCAUGCAGUUUCUGUAGGACUAUUAUGUUUUAUUGACUGGUUCAAGGUUGUGAAUAAUUCCAACUGUGAAAUAUUGGGACAAUAAACAAGCACAACAUAAUUAAACAAUCAUUUGGACAGCCUGUUACCCACUACUUAUUUUCAGUCAUAUUCAUUCUCACACAAUCACAUAUGCUUAGUCCAAUUCUCCAAGGCAUAAUUUGCUUGCCAAAUGCAUAUGUGUUGCAUUUUAGCACUGAACAAUAGUAACGCGCGUGCGCAACUAUCCCGCUCUUCAUUGCUGCCACUGUCAGUGAGUGCGGCUGAUAUAGUUGUGACCAAAAAACAAGCGUGUGCUGAAUCCACGUCGUCCCAAACCGAGAUGAAAACGGAGUUGGUUGUGAAGUCCUACCAGUAAAAUUCUACCCUUGAAAUAUUUGGGAUUUGUUACCUUGGCUUUGUUCAAGAACUGUAACUAUGUAAGUAUUUACUCAAUGACACAUUUUGCUUGAGAUAGCGCAAGCAAGGAUGCAUAUCCUGCUGCACUGUUGUCAGCGGUGCUGCUAGCAACUUAACAAGGCUUCAUGCAAAUUAUGAACGUUUUCUAAGCAUGAUAGGUAGCUACUUGUUAAUUUCCCGCUUUGUAUAACAUGCACAGCCUUCUGUAUAUUUUUGAUUUUCUAGUGACAUUCAGCGAUCUACUCAUUGAUGUCUGUCAAGGUAACGUUAGGAAUUCAUGCCAUUUAGCUAGCUAGCUAACGUAAUAUCACAAUUCAAAAGAAUGAUUGUCAGAAACAAAUUGAAAAACAGAGGACGACAUGAACUUUGAUGUUGGUUCGAGUUUUUGUAUAUUUAUAUUUUCACUUGAGGUUCUUUAAUGUAGAAGUACUCCUGUCAUAUCCAUGCAACUUAAAGUAAUAUCAAAAUAUUUAAUAAUGAAAUCAAUGUAAAUGGAAAAAAGGCUUGCCUUUCUGUCUAACUUACAGGGGUUGGCAUUUAUUUAUUAUUAUUAUUUGAACUUACUCCUGAAAGUUGUAAUAGUAGAAUGCACAAGGUGUAAUUUCGAAAUUGGGUAGUGCAUCAGAAGUUUGCCUCUUGUCAUGUCAGCCAGUGCAGACCUAGGGGGCUAUUUAUAACUUGUCAGAAAUGUACAGAUCAACUAGCCCAUGCCGGCAAAACAUUUUUUUGCUAGGUUUUUUAGUCCAUAGAUGUUGCUGUAAUGUUUGUCACUCAAAUAACACAUGAACACAGAAGACAUGGCAAAACUGCAACAUUUUCUCUGCACCCAAUGACAAAAUGUGUAGAAUUGCAUGAAAUGAGCUUUAAAAUGGCAAAAGAAAGUCUCUAUCCCAUGGCAAAAUUUAUAAAAUUGCAGGAAAUAAGCUUUAAACCUGCAACAUGUUCUCUCGCUGCCAACAACAUGGGUGUGAACAGUUUGUGUAAGGAACAGUGCUUGUGCCCAUAGAAAUAGUGGUGUGCGUGCAUAGGGGGGCGGGAUGUUCCCCAAUGCUGGAAGGGGGGCCUCAGUGUAAAAGUUUUGGAACCCCUGCUGACAAGACUGUAGAGCAGGGCGAUAUGGACGAAAAUCUAGAUAAAUUGCCUGAAUUGAUGCGAUAAUGUUAUAACAAUGUGCACAACAGUUUUUCUUUUUAUUACCCUUUAAACUACUACUAGUUUGUUUGAUUGUAGCCAUCAAUUGUCCCAUUUAACAAUCACCCAUAUUAGCAAACGUAUUUAAUUUAAAACUUCACAUUUCUCUAGUAUAGGCAACUUAUCGUAAUGAACGAUAUCAGCAAAAUGCCUGCGAUAAGUGUUCGUUAUGGUCGGUGUCGAUAACGUUUGGUUUAUCGUCCCAGCUUUACUGCAGAGUAAGCAGCAGAGUGCACAGACUGUAGCAGGUACAUGGAAACUGUAACCGGAGCCUAAUUUCCCAAGGCUCCCUGGCCCAGUCAAGCUAAACUAAACGGGCAUAGAGAGCACGGCUUGUAAAUGAGAAGUGUGUGAGUGACAUUUUGUUUUGCAAUUAGUGUUAUGUGUCUUGUGUAUACAGACUACACCACUGUUUUCUCAACCACACAUCUAACUGUGAGGCCACUGUCAACAGUGCUGAGGUGGUGAUGAUGAUGCAGUUUUUGCUCUCCAGUGUCUUUUUGGGUGUUACUUUUUCAGUAAUAGGAGAAGCCAUACUAUAAUCAGCUGAUAUGUAAUUGAAGAGCAAUAUAUAUAUAUAUAUAUAUAUAUAUAUAUAUAUAUAUAUAUAUUAUUGCAUUGACAAGUUCAAAGUUUAAAGGAAGAUGCCAGUAAUGGACACCUCAGACUUUCUGCAGAUUAUUCUAUACUGCACCUGUAAGAGGUUUGCAAUGCAUUAUCAUGCUCAGUUUGUAGCUACAGAGCUAGCCAGUAGCCACAUUGUUGACCAAAUUCCCAAAUGGAGUUCCAUAUAAAGGCUAGAACUCGAUUUGUCUCUUGUUGUUACUGUCACGGUGGUAGGCUAGGUUUGGAGCAGGUGUGGGGAUAAAUAGGUCUACCUGAGGUGAUACACCUCAGAUGAACACUAGCUAGCUACGCCUCGUCACACACAUUUUCUAUUUUCUUUUAUCCUCAUGUCUUCUUCAGCUCUGUACUGUACGGCUCAUUGAAGUCUGCCUCUAACUGUUUUCAGCCUCACUGAAAUAGGACCUUCAGAGCCAAAGAGGCUUUUUUUGUGACUGUUUUACUGGCACUGAAAUAUCCAUGCACCACGUUUUCCUCUUUCACUGUGUUUUGAACAAGCACCAAGAGGCUCUCCUCUUUCUGACACAUUUAGCUCUCCCUUCAGCUCUCCCAUGGAGGACUUGCUAGGUCCCUUGGGGUAGUCACUGACUCGUGGGUUGCUGCAGGCUAGUUUGUUGAAGGUUUGGUAGUGGUGGUGGUAGUGGCGACAGUGGUUGCCUUUUACCUCGGCACCAGUUAAGUGGUAAAGCUAUGUGAGCAGUGGUUUAGACACGCAAACAUAAUCCAGAGUUGUUGUAAUGAUAUCCCCCAAGGUUGGCCUGCUGCUAGUCCAAUGGACUUGGUGGAUAAUAUUCUCAUGGAUGGUGAAUCUGAAUCUCUGAAUUGGCUUGUAUCUCGAGGUCUACUAGCCUAUAUGUAAGUUGUGUAGAUGGUGUCCACUUGAUCUGCAUGAAAGUUGUAUGUUUUGGGCACAGAUUCAGCUACGGUAGUCUGUCUGCCUUGUCCAUGUAGGCCUACUUGCACAGUGUGCUGCCCGGUUGCUCUCUGUCCUCCCCAGUACUGUCAUCAGAGCCCCUGUGGCUCUGUCUGAUGAUGUGUAGUGGAUGGGGCUGUGAUUGCUGCUGUUCAGUGCUCACUCAUGCAUGGGAACAUGAUGUCUCCAUUACCUGGGAAAGAGACAAUGAUAGCUCUCAGGUCAGGACAGGGGUACUUUGCUGCAGCUCCUAUAGACUCAUAGACCCAAACCCAACCUGAACAUUCGUAUUUCUUACUGUGGUGUGUGAAUAGGAAAUCGGCUAGGCCUGAAACGAGGACGAGCGCACACACUAACACGCAUACACGCACACGCCCUUUCUCAGCUGCUUUUAGGAACAGACUUUGAUAAGAGCAUUGUACGUAUGCUGUAUGCAUACAGUACAUCACACAUUUUUCUCAUAGAUCCAUUAAUGUAUUAACGAAGGCAUAAUCCUAAAUAUAAAAUGUGUUUUACUUUAAGCCGAUGUUUCAUAACAGAUGCAGCUGUCCAGCCUAACACAGCGGGACUCCAUAAAUACACUUUUGAGGACAGAUAAAACAUUUGAGGGAACCACAACAUCUUCUAGGCCAGUUGUUGCAUUCAAAUUAACAUGCAAAUUAAGUUACGUUACUAUAAGAAUAGACAAAACUGUCCUCAAGUAGCCUGUAACUGAGUGGACUGGAGAGUCCUUGGGCAGAUGGUUUGAACGAGACCUCCUGUGUCACUCUAUUAAGUCACUUUACACUGUUUUAUCAAUCUCGUUGAAUAAGAGCAGUUGUUAGUUAACCAAAACGGAGAGCUCUAUGCAUUGCUCGCUGCUCAAAUUGUGUGUACCACUUAGCCUAAUCUGUUUUUUAAAAGCAGCCAGCUGUGCCUUAUGUGUUACAUAAGGGCCAAUUUCACUGACAGCUUAAAGCUUCCCCCCUCAACUAAAUUGCACUAAGUUAGACUACAUCAAGAUAAUUCAGAAUUGUUGGUUUCAUGAACAUCGAUUAGGACUAAGUGUACUCUCAAGUCCCGGAAUUUGACUAGUCCAGAUUUGACAGUUAAAAAAAUGUUUUUUUGUCGAUCUGACUCCAGGACUGUGUGAUCCAAGAUUAUUUAUGGAAUUGGUGUAAGUUAUAACUUUGAAAUCAUGUUAAAACAAUGUGAUUUACUAAGUGAGAAGUUGACAUUGUCAUACAUCAAAUGUUGAGCGACACACCAUUUGAAGUGGAUAGCUAUAGGCUAAAUAGGCCUUAUUCAGUGGGUGCUCGUCUGUCCUGGCCAGCAACAUGGUGCAGACAGAAUGUCAUUUGGGAGUCCUCUGCCAACAUAAAACCACAGCUCAUAAAGUCUACUGCAGUGAAAAUGACCUAAAUAAACACAACCCCCAAAAUAAACCUCCCUGGGUUCAAAUAACCUUCCCCAAAUAGAGGACAUGAAUGGGAAGGAGAUGAGCAGACAGACCACUUCUCUAAAAGUUGGAAAUGAGGCUACCUGAGCAGUGCCAUCCUGGGUUUUAGAUUUCGAGAUCCUACACCGUUUGCUACCCUGGAUCUGAGUACCUCUCUGACGAUUUGUAAAAUGCAAACACAUUCUAAUUGUUCUGAUUGGUCCCAGAAACCGAUGAGUUGGGCUAGAGCCAGCACACAUGUGGGUAAAGCGGCAUUUUGAAAAUUUGUUAUUGGCUUUGACACUUUGAUUGGGUAGAGAUUAUCCAAUCGUUAAUUACUUUGUUUUGUACAAUAGCCUACCCCUCAUUUUGACGUCACAACAAAUAACUUCAGUGAUGGCAGUCUGACUGAAGUAUGUAGCAAUCGACAGAGCAGUGGAAGAAUUCCGUUUGAGUCGUCAGGCAAUAGACAGUGUGCUAAAUGUCUAUCAUUGUAUCCCACAGCUUUUUCCACAGCUGUGCUGAUUUACCUGUAUCUCUGCCACGUGGGACACGAGCUAGCUGAAGGGUCAGAGGUGACUGCAUGAGGAGGCAGAGUUAAGGGACCCUGGUCCUGACCUAGUCCACAACCAGUCACACUCCUAGACCAGAGGUCUGUGGUCCUCUCCUGUAGAGAUGGUGAGUUCUCUCUGUCUGUGUGUGUCAGAGGAGGCUGGUGGGAAGAGCUAUAGGAGGACAACUCAUUGUAAUGGCUGGAAUGGAAUCAAUGGAAUGGUACCAAAUACAUGGAAACAAUGUGUUUGACUCUUCCAUUGAAUCCAUUCCAGCUAUUACAAUGCGUCUGUCCUCCUAUAGCUCCUCCCACCAGCCUCCUCUGGUGUGUGUGCCUGUCUGAGUGUGUGGAUGUCUGAGUUUGCUAUCUUUGUCUGUGGCUAUAUUGUAUGUUUGGGUUUGACGAUCUGUGUGUAUGUUUCUGUAUGUCAGGUCUUGCAUAAAGACAGGUUGUUUGAGAGGAGAGAGAGAGACGGAGAGGUGAUGUGAAAUGUAUAUGUUGUGGUUGUUGAUGUGCAUGCCUCUCUCUGAUAUAGAGUUGUGAUUGCCCUACAGUGUUAAUUUCACUUUAGUCAACAUUAACGAGACGAGAAUUCUAUGUGAGACUAAUGGACAUUCAAGUAGACAUGAAACUCCUUUUCAUCUGUUUUGUCCUAUCAUAAGCAUGCAUCCCUGUGCAGAAUAUAUAAUGCAAUCCUCUCAUUGGCUGAUAACGUAUUUCUGUUGCACAGGCUGAUUCUGGCUCUCCCACAAGCACACAGCUCCUGGUCACUUCAGUCACUCGUCUCGGUUUCUUUUGAGCUGAUGCACAGCCAGGACACUUCAAUUGUAACAAACUAACCUCAAUUAGAAACAAUAAUGUCUUUGAAAAUCUUUACUUUCAUAUAGACCACUUUUGAUCUGAUCACAUCAUAAGCUCUAUUUUGUCAUGUGCGCUGUUAUUCAUCUGUGUUGGCAAUAGCGACUUGCGGUUGCCUUUUCUGAUUGGAAAAACAAUUGCUUUUUGCUGAAAUAUUAGGGAGAAUAGUAAUACUUCUGGCAUUGUAGGAAGGCUCAUUUUCCCCUUUUCAAGGAAAUCAAUGUUAUUUACCCCCAUCUGACAGUUAUGAUUGGGAGAAAAUCUGAGCUAAAUGGUUUAACUUGUAGGCUUUAUAUCCUAUAGGCUAUGGUUGGUAAUGGCUGGCAUUGGUUACCAUGUUGCCAGUUAAGGUAUACGAGGCGAUAAUAGGCUGAGUGUGCACAUGAUGCAAGUAAGAGGUAAAUAUUGAUUAUUAAAUGGAAAGAAAUGCACUGACUGUAAAUAACUCAAACUAAAAAAGGAUGAAAUGACUAAAAUGUGACUAAGACAAACUAAGACUAAAACAAAAUCUAAAAUAGCUGCUAAAAGUAGCCCUUUACACUCGUACCCAUAUACGGGUUGAAAAUGGCAGAUUUGGGCACUGAUAAGCACCUAAAUAGUAACGCAUUAGCUGUACAUGAACAUUAUAUAAAUUACGUCAGAGCUCAGGCUCUGCGCUUCACAGCGCUGUAUGGGUUUUGACUGACAGCCAUUCUGAACUUGAGCACCGCACGCGAUGAGAAGUUGCCCCCAUCCCUCCCAAUAAUUGGGCAACUUCUGCAAAAAAUAUUUGUCUGAGUGAGGAAAAUGCUGUAAAUUUAGAGGACUCAAUGUAUUUUGAAAGAUGAGACAUUUUUUUGCGGUAUUCUGUACAGCUUUCCUUCUUUUAACUCUGUCAAUUAGGUUAGUAUUGUGGAGUAACUACGAUGUUGAUCCAUCCUCAGUUUUCUCCUAUCACAGCCAUUAAACACUGUUUUAAAGUCACCAUUGGCCUCAUGGUGAAAAGAAUCCCUGAGCAGUUUCCUUCCUCUCCGGCAACUGAGUUAGGAAGGACGCCUGUAUCUUUGUAGUGACUGGGUGUUUUGAUACACCAUCCAAAGUGUAAUGAAUAACUUCACUAUGCUCAAAGAGCUAUUCAAUGUCUGCUUUUACAUUUUUACCCAUCUACCAAUGGGUGCCCUUUGCGAGGCAUUGGAAAACCUCCCUGUUUUUUGUGGUUGAAUCUAUGUUUGAAAUUCACUGCUUGACUGAGGGACCUUACAGAUAAUUGUAUGUCUGGGUACAGACAUGAUGUAGUCAUUCAAAAAUAAUGUCAAACAUUAUUAUUGCACACAGUGAGUCCAUUCAACUUAUUAUGUGACUUGUUAAGCACAUUUUUACUCCAGAAAUUAUUUAGGCUUGCCAUAACAAAGGGUUGAAUACUUAUUGACUCAAGACAUUUCAGCAUUUUUUAUUAAUUUGUAAAGAUUUGGAAAAACGUAAUUCCAUUUUGACAUUAUGGGGUAUUGUGUGUAGGCCAUUGAUUUAAAAAAAAUAGAAUUUAUUCCAUGUUAAAUUCGGGCUGUAACACAACAAAAUGUGGAAAAAGUCAAGGGGUGUGAAUACUUUCUGUAGGCACUGUACAAGCAAGCAAAACACCUGGGAGUCCAAAUGUGCACUUCAGAUUUCCAAAUAAAACUCAUGUCAUAUGCAUUACCGGUCAAAGGUUUUAGAACACCUACUCAUUCAAGGGUUUUUCUUUAUUUUUACUAUUUUCUACAUUGUAGAAUAAUAGUGAAGACAUCAAAAAUAUUGAAAUGACACAUAUGGAAUCAUGUAGUAACCAAAAAAGGGUUAAACAAAUCAAAAUAUAUUUGAGAUUUGAGAUUCUUCAAAUAGCCACCCUUUGCCUUGAUGACAGCUUUGCACACUCUUGGCAUUCUCUCAACCAGCUUCAUGAGGUAGUCACCUGGAAUGCAUUUCAAUUAACAGGUGUGCCUUCUUAAAAGUUAAUUUGUCGAAUUUCUUUCCUUCUUUAAUGUGUUUGAGCAAAUCAGUUGUGUUGUGACAAGGUAUACAGAAGAUAGUCCUAUUUGGUAAAAGACCAAGUCCAUAUUACAGCAAGAACAGCUCAAAUAAGCAAAGAGAAACGACAGUCCAUCAUUACUUUAAGACAUGAAGGUCAGUCAAUCCAGAACAUUUCAAGAACUUUGAAAGUUUCUUCAAGUGCAGUCGCAAAACCCAUCAAGCGCUAUGAUGAAACUGGCUCUCAUGAGGACAGCCACAGGAAUGGAAGACCCAGAGUUACCUCUGCUGCAGAGGAUAAGUUCAUUAGAGUUACCAGCCUCAGAAAUUGCAGCCCAAAUAAGUGCUUCACAGAGUUCAUGUAACAGACACAUUUCAACAUCAACUGUUCAGAGGAGACUGUGUGAAUCAGGCCUUCAUGGGCGAAUUGCUGCAAAACAAACCACUACUAAAGGACACAAAUAAGAAGAAGAGACUUGCUUGGGCCAAGAAACACGAUUAAUGGACAUUAGACCGGUGGAAAUUUGUCCUUUGGUCUGCAGUCCAAAUUGGAGAUUUAUGGUUCCAGCCGCCGUGUCUUUGUGAGACGUGGUGUGGGUGAAUGGAUGAUCUCUGCAUGUGUAUUCCCCACCGUAAAGCAUGCAGGAGGAGGUGUUAUGGUCGUGGGGGUGCUUUGCUGGUGGUCACUGUCUGUGAUUUAUAUAGAAUUCAAGGCACACUUAAAUAGCAUGGCUACCACAGCAUUCUGCAGCGAUACGCCAUCCCAUCUGGUUUGUGCUUAGUGGGACUAUCAUUUGUUUUUCAACAGGACAAUGACCCAACACACCUCCAAGCUGUGUAAGGGCUAUUUUACCAAGAAGGAGAGUGAUGGAGUGCUGCAUCAGAUGACCUGGUCUCCACAAUCCCCCGACCUCAACCAAAUUGAGAUGGUUUGGGAUGAGUUGGACCGCAUAGUGAAGGAAAAGUGCUCAGCAUAUGUGGGAACUCCUUCAAGACUGUUGGAAAAGCAUUCCAGGUGAAGCUGGUUGAGAGAAUGCCAAGAGUGUGCAAAGCUGUCAUCAAGGCAAAGGGUGGCUAUUUGAAGAAUCUCAAAUAUGAAAUAUAGUUUGAUUUGUUUUAACACUUUUUUGGUUACUACAUGAUUCCAUAUGUGUUAUUUCAUAGUUUUGAUGUCUUCACUAUUAUUCUACAAUGUAAAAAACAAAACAUGAAUGAGUAGGUGUCUCCAAACUUUUGACUGGUACUAUACAUACAUACAUACAUACAUACACUGCUCAAAAAAAUUAAGGGAACACUAAAAUAACACAUCCUAGAUCUGAAUGAAUGAAAUAAUCUUAUUAAAUACUUUUUUCUUUACAUAGUUGAAUGUGCUGACAACAAAAUCACACAAAUUAUCAAUGGAAAUCAAAUUUAUCAACCCAUGGAGGUCUGGAUUUGGAGUCACCCUCAAAAUUUAAGUGGAAAACCACACUACAGGCUGAUCCAACUUUGAUGUAAUGUCCUUAAAACAAGUCAAAAUGAGGCUCAGUAGUGUGUGUGGCCUCCACGUGCCUGGAUGACCUCCCUACAAUGCCUGGGCAUGCUCCUGAUGAGGUGGCGGAUGGUCUCCUGAGGGAUCUCCUCCCAGACCUGGACUAAAGCAUCCGCCAUCUCCUGGACAGUCUGUGGUGCAACGUGGCGUUGGUGGAUGGAGCGAGACAUGAUGUCCCAGAUGUGCUCAAUUGGAUUCAGGUCUGGGGAACGGGCGGGCUAGUCGAUAGCAUCAAUGCCUUCCUCUUGCAGGAACUGCUGACACACUCCAGCCACAUGAAGUCUUGCAUUAGGAGGAACCCAGGGCCAACCGCACCAGCAUAUGGUCUCACAAGGGGUCUGAGGAUCUCAUCUCGGUACCUAAUGGCAGUCAGGCUACCUCUGGCGAGCACAUGGAGGGCUGUGCGGCCCCCCAAAGAAAUGCCACCCCACACCAUGACUGACCCACCGCCAAACCGGUCAUGCUGGAGGAUGUUGCAGGCAGCAGAACGUUCUCCACGGCGUCUCCAGACUCUGUCACGUCUGUCACGUGCUCAGUGUGAACCUGCUUUCAUCUGUGAAGAGCACAGGGCGCCAGUGGCGAAUUUGCCAAUCUUGGUGUUCUCUGGCAAAUGCCAAACGUCCUGCACGGUGUUGGGCUGUAAGCACAACCCCCACCUGUGGACGUCGGGCCCUCAUACCACCCUCAUGGAGUCUGUUUCUGACCGUUUGAGCAGACACAUGCACAUUUGUGGCCUGCUGGAGGUCAUUUUGCAGGGCUCUGGCAGUGCUCCUCCUUGCACAAAGGCGGAGGUAGCAGUCCUGCUGCUGGGUUGUUGCCCUCCUACAGCCUCCUCCACGUCUCUGGCCUGUCUCCUGGUAGCGCCUCCAUGCUCUGGACACUACGCUAACAGACACAGCAAACCUUCUUGCCACAGCUCGCAUUGAUGUGCCAUCCUGGAUGAGCUGCACUACCUGAGCCACUUGUGUGGGUUGUAGACUCCGUCUCAUGCUACCACUAGAGUGAAAGUACCGCCAGCAUUCAAAAGUGACCAAAACAUCAGCCAGGAAGCAUAGGAACUGAGAAGUGGUCUGUGGUCACCACCUGCAAAACCAGUCCUUUAUUGGGGGUGUCUUGCUAAUUGCCUAUAACUUCCACCUGUUGUCUAUAUCAUUUGCACAGCAACGUGACAUUUAUUGUCAAUCAGUGUUGCUUCCUAAGUGGAAAGUUUAAUUUCACAGAAGUGUGAUUGACUUGGAGUUACAUUGUGUUGUUUAAGUGUUCCCUUUAUUUUUUUGAGCAGUGUAUGUGUGUAUAUAUAUAUAUAUAUAUUACACACACAGUGUAUUCAGAUCCCUUGACUUUGUCCACAUUUUGUUACGUUACAGCCUUAUUCUAAAAUGGAUUAAAUAAAUAAAAAUUAAUCAAUCUACACACAAUACCCCAUAAUGACAAAGCUAAAACAGUUGUUUUUAUUGACCUAAGUAUUCAGACCUUUUGCCAUGAGACUCGAAAUUGAGCUCCGGUGCAUCCUGUUUGCAUUGAUCAUCCUUGAUGUUUCUACAACUUGGAGUUCACCUGUGGUAAAUUCAAUUGAUUGGACAUGAUUUGGAAAGGCACACACCUGUCUAUACAGUGCCUUGCAAAAGUAUUCAUCCCCCUUGGUGGUUUUCCUAUUUUAUUGCAUUACAACCUGUAAUUUAAAUAUAUUUUUAUUUGGAAUUCAUGUAAUGGACAUACACAAAAUAGUCCAAAUGGUGAAAAAAAAUUGGAGUGGAGUCUGCAACACCACUAAGCAAGUGGCACCACCAAGCAAGCGGCACCAUGAAGACAAAGGAGCUCUUCAAACAGGUCAGGGUCAAAGUUGUGGAGAAGUACAAAUCAGGGUUGGGUUAUAAAAAAAUAUCUGAAACUUAGAACAUCCCACGGAGCACCAUUAAAUCCAUUAUUAAAAACAGGAAAGAAUAUGGCACCACAACAAACCUGCCAAGAGAGGGCCGCCCACCAAAACUAACGGACCAGGCAAGGAGGGCAUUAAUCAGAGAGGCAACAAAGACACCAAAGAUAACCCUGAAGGAGCUGCAAAGCUCCACAGCGGAGAUUGGAGUAUCUGUCCAUAGGACCACUUUAAGCCGUACACUCCACAGAGCUGGGCUUUACGGAACAGUGGCCAGAAACAAGCCGUUGCUUAAAGAAAAAGAUAAGCAAACACGUUUGGUGUUCGCCAAAAGGCAUUUGGGAGACUCCCCAAACAUAUGGAAGAAGGUACUCUGGUCAGAUGAGACUAAAAUUGAGCAUUUUGGCCAUCAAGGAAAACACUAUGUCUGGCGCACACCCAACACCUCAUCACCCCGAGAACACCAUCCCCACAGUGAAGCAUGGUGAUGGCAGCAUAAUGCUGUGCGGAUGUUUUUCAUCGGCAGGGACUGGGAAACUGGUCAGAAUUUAAGGAUUCAUGGAUGGUGCUAAAUACAGGGAAAUACUUGAGGGAAACCGGUUUCAGUCUUCCAGAGAUUUGAGACUGGGACGGAGGUUCACCUGCAUCUUCAAAGUGGUAGGCAUGUUGUGUAUAUCAAAUGAUACAAACCCCCCAAAAAUCAAUUUUUAUUCCAGGUUGUAAGGCAACAAAAUAGGAAAAAUGCCAAGGGGGGUGAACUUUCGCAAGCCACUGUAUAAGGUCCCACAGUUGACCGUGCAUGUCAGAGCAAAAACCAAGCCAUGAGGUCGAAGGAAUUGACCGUAGAGCUCCGAGACAGGAUUGUGUCGGCACAAGGUGUUACUGUCAAAUAUAUGCGGUGUAAGAUGGCUUGUCUGGCCCAGCAAACGCCUAAUUGUAACUGGCCAAGUCAUUUGGAGUACAAAGGAUCCCAUGUUCUGAAUGACUUUGUUCUUCCUUCCUCUCAGAGGUCCAUCCGAUUGUUCGCCAACGACGACCGCCACGUCAUGGCAAAGCACGCCAACAUCUACCCUUCGCCAGAGGAGCUGGAGGCUGUCCAGAAGCUGGUGUCCACCGUGGAACGUGCCCUCAAGCAGGUGUCAGACUGGAUGGACAACCUCAACGCCUCCCUAAGCAAGGCCCCGACCCCCACCACCAGCGACGCCAAGGAUGCUGGAGACUUUACCGCCACCCGCAGCACCACAAAGUGAGUAGUCCUCUCCCAUGUCACAAAAGCUUGAGACACUCUACAUGGUAGGUGAAAAUGUGUAGGCUACAUAAAUGUAAUUUCAACAUAUGACGAGCGUCUGAAAGCAAAUGUUUUUUAUUUCCACUGUUAAUGGCAUCCUUUUAAACUAGUGUUAUGUGGCUGAUUACUGCUCUGCUCUAACCAAACCAGGCCCCAGAGUGCGUCGAUCCUGUGUGGGGUUGUGCGUGUGGGUCUUGUGGCAAAGGGCCUCCUGGUUAAAGGAGACAUGGACUUGGAGCUGGUCCUGAUGUGCAGAGACAAACCCACCAAAUUACUGCUGUACACUGUCAGCGCCAACCUGCCUGUGCAACUACAGGUCUGUUUUCACUCAAGCAUUUUACAUGUAACUGUAACAUUUUAAAAUUGAUGGGAUGGCGCAUUAUCCAAUGUGAGUUCCGAAUACCACUCCUUUAGGUAGUGCAGUGCAGACCUGAGCCUACCACCACUGCUUUCUGUAAUGUAGUGCAGACCUGACUACCUCCACCACUGCUUUCUGUAAUGUAGUGCAGACCUGACUACCUCCACCACAGCUUUCUGUAAUGUAGUGCAGACCUGACUACCUCCACCACUGCUUUCUGUAAUGUAGUGCAGACCUGACUACCUCCACCACUGCUUUCUGUAAUGUAGUGCAGACCUGACUACCUCCACCACUGCUUUCUGUAAUGUAGUGCAGACCUGACUACCUCCACCACUGCUUUCUGUAAUGUAGUGCAGACCUGACUACCUCCACCACUGCUUUCUGUAAUGUAAUGUAGUGCAGACCUGACUACAUCCACCACUGCUUUCUGUAAUGUAAUGUAGUGCAGACCUGACUACACCCACCACUGCAGUUUCUAGUGCUUUGCAGAGCUGACUACUGUACUGUACACGGUCUCCCCGUGCUCCCCCCUCCCCAUCAGCCAGUUAAAUACACCCCCAACCUGUGCAGGUUAACAUCAAGGGACAAUUCCAUUUGCACCUUUCGGCUUCUCAGCACAGGGGGUGGAGAGAGGUUGUCACAGAAGUGGAGAGAUGGUUCAUUCUUCAAAGGAACUAGCUACAAGACUAGAUAAUACACCUGAAUCUUUCUCCUUUUGAACAUAAUCACUACAAAACUGGAAAGACAAAAUAAGAUGCCAUGCAAAGAAAAUCGAAUUGGAAGUUUUAGUAUGAUGCCUAUAAAGUUGAAACAUUAGUAAUAUAAUAGUGUGUGUGAUGUAAAUGUGUUGAACCUGCCACAGCUGGCUUAUGAUCUGCCUCAACCCUGGUUGGUUGCCCUUUCAGACGCUGACAGAGGACAAGUAUGAGGUGCGGUCGAGCGUGUCGGAGUCAGCCAUCCGGGUGGUCAACACCAACGACCCCAAAUUCACCCUGAAGAUCACCCUGUCCUCUCUGGCCAUGGGAGAAGAACACACUGCCACAGACCAAGGUAUUUACCCCUUCGGUCUGUCUUCACCAUGAGAGACGAACACACUGCCACAGACCAAGGUAUUUACCCCUUCGGUCUGUCCUCACCAUGAGAGACGAACACACUGCCACAGACCAAGGUAUUUACCCCUUUGGUCUGUCCUCACCAUGAGAGACGAACACACUGCCACAGACCAAGGUAUUUACCCCUUCGGUCUGUCCUCACCAUGAGAGACGAACACACUGCCACAGACCAAGGUAUUUACCCCUUUGUCUGUCCUCUUUGGCCAUGAGAGACGAACACACUGCCACAGACCAAGGUAUUUACCCCUCUGUCUGUCCUCGCCAUGAGAUGUUUUUUCUGUCUUAUUUAACCUUUGAAGGAAUUAAUGAUUUGAAUGUAUGAUUUUAUCCAAUAAUUAUAACAAACAUAACUGUUUCUGCUGGAGACAACAUAAUAUGCUUUUACAAUCUAUUAAGGAUGUACACAUUAAACCUUAUUAACCCUUAUUUCCAUUGUGGUCCUCUCCUUAAAUUAGCAAGGCAGAGUUGAGAGAGAGAGAGGAGGAUGAGGAGAGGUGGGGGAGCAAAGGAAAGAGGAGGAAGAGGCGAAGUAGGGAGACUGCAGGAAUGAGGGUAGUACAAAGCAAAGGGGAAAGAUGAGUGGAACGGGGUGUGGAGAAAGGAGACAAGGGAGGGUGAUGGGGGGGGUUGGAGUGGUCAGGAGAAAGGGGAGGGACGUGAAUCUGUUAAGUGUCUCUGUGGUAAGAGCUGAAAGCGUAGCUCUGUUGGGAUACAGCAAGUGUAAAAAGAGCUGUCUCUGCUCGGGUUUCUCCUACAGCAUUCUGUCUCAUCAUUCUUGUCUAACAGAGAGUCUGGGUGCUUAUUCUAUCCUUCCCCAACAUCCAGUUAGUGGGAAACUGGAGACUGAGAGGAGUGCUUAUGCUGUGAUUUUUUAAAAAUGAAUGAAAGGUGAGUCAGGCGUGAAGAGCAGCCAUUAUGUAACACCUAUUGUAGUGUGUCGACCCCACUGGGGGAGACUGAAAGGAAGGUUGUCAGCAUUCUGUACAAAAGGUCGUUGCAGCAUAAAUAGUGCAUUGAGUGUUAAGUCUAAAAUACUGGAGCAGAUAAAUUCUAGGAGAGAAAGAUUUGUCCUAAGCCUCCCAAUACUCCACACAGCACAAGCAAAUAAGUAACCAAUACAAUAUGCCAGCACAAGUUAUCCGGCAACCUCUAGUUUUGGGGAACAACCCAAGCAGAACAUUGACUGACUAUACUGUAGUUUGUUCUAUCCAUAGAAUUUGAAUUAGGAUUAUAUUUCUAAGGUUCCGUCUGGCCUCACAACUAGUUGUGGUACUUACCAUAGCAUCCUCAACCCUGAGGAAGGCACAUUGCCCCGAAACAGUUCUCUCCAUUUAAUGUUUGGGAGUAUAUCUGCAAAUGUCUAUAUUUUACCACAGCACUCCAGCCCAGCUUCUGUGGAUUAACAAACCUGGGAGCCCCGUGCUGGGAGCCAGCCUAGCUACGAGGCCCAGCGCAGGACGCCUGGGUACAAGGGGCUCCCCUUAUAAAACCACUCUCUGUCUAGCCCUAGACAUCGCUCCUCUCCCCCCUUCUGUUCACUGUACUUCUCUUCUCUGGGUUACUGUAUACCAUGAAAUUCUGGUCCAUGUCCAUUUCAGAGCCGACAAAAGACAGACACAAACUGGUAUCCAACUGCCUUCUUGACUCCCGAUAUUCACCAUAUUUUGUAAUUUGUUGAAGACUGGUGGUCUAUGCACAUUGAUAUUCGAGGCCUCUCUCUAACUUUGCAGUUGAUCUGCUCAGAAUGACAUCCCAUAACUUCAUGUUGUAAAGUCAGUGGUAUUAAUUUUCUUUGGUUUUUGGUCACGAAUCAAAAUCUAAGCUGAUGAUGCCCGGGAGCACUCAUUGGGGUUGUCUUAUUGGAAUGUGGUACUUAUGAUUGAUGGCUUCUUCAUGACCUGCCGCUGGUGGAGAGAAAGUUCUACAUAGGAAGGGCUCAUGAGGUUCCAUUCGCCUGGUUUCUUGGACAAUCUCAUAUUGCCGCAGCAAAUAUCACAAAAAAUCCCUGAGAAAUCCUGAAAGGAUUGAGAUAUAGUGUAUAUUCAGUGCCUCUAUUGUCCUAUUUAUGUCCUUGCAGUCCCUGGGCCAAGAUCCUUAGCAGAUCCUGUACUUUAUCCCCUGGCUCAGACCAUGAAGGCCAUCAGUAUACUAUUAGGAUGUGGGACACGGAAUGACCCUAUGUUGUGAUACUGGUUGACCCUGGCCUGUGUCUCUCAUUGGCUCGUCUGUUAGUCCUCCACCUCUUCCAACCUGUUCAGCUUUCACAAUGGACUCUACAGCAACGAUCUGCAAAACCACACACAGAGUGCUCUUACAAACCCUUCCGUAAAUACAGUAUACUGCUGCACAUGGCUACUAGCCAUACAUUUGAAAUGGCCAGUGUGGCCACUAAAUUAAAAAGCUAAUGAUCUUAGAACAAGAAUUCGCCAUUGAAGAAAUCAGAAAAGCAAUUUGAUUUCCAACUCGCUCUAUUUUCCCCAGUUCAAUAAACCAAGCAAGGAAUUAACAUUUAAAACCUAAAAAUAAGUGGAUCUUACCGUCCAAUUUCAUUAGUCGGCAUUUAUAUAAAUAUUUGCGAGAAUCUGUCCCAACGGUUGGAGUCAAUUAUCCAUCAAAAAAUACAAUUGCUCAUUCUAAAAUAAGAGGUACGAGCUAAUGUAAUUAAUGCCAAAAAGGCAUUUGAUUGUGUGGAGUGGGGCGAUCUUUUUGUACCUUUUUGAAAUAGCCAGUAUUGGUUGUGGUUCUAGCUGCAGGCCUAUAUACAGUAGAUGUUGUAAUUGAAUGUGAAUUCCAUUGCCAAUUUGCCACAUAACUUAUUUGGGGGAGAUGGGGGAGAUGGAGAGGUUAUCUCUCUUACUAAGCUCGGAGUUCUUUAGUGUGGUCUGCAGUCCGUUUGUUCGGCCCAGAGCAAUCACCUCCUAGCUAGCUGCUCCCGAGAAACUGAGCCUUCACUUUCUUUCUAGGGUGGCGUCCUCACUCUGAUGUUUAUGUUCUAUCGUUCUGCCGUUGCGUUUUAUUUUCUCCCACGGCUCAGUUCCAGCCAUGGCACGGCGGGGUUGAUCCCACAGGAAGCCUGUGUGGAAACUCUUUAGUAAACAUAAACAUCUGAUCGACCUGCAAGACAGAAAAUACUAGCAUGGCGUCCUACUACAAUACAUGACAAACUAAUUGAAUUAUGACUCAAUUCCAUUUUACAAUUUCAAUUCCAAGGCUUUCCAACUACUUCUCUAAACAUCCUUGAGAUCCUCGAGACAAUAGUUACAGAACUAAUCUCCAGACAUUAUCCCCUUACAUUCUUCCCAUCUAAAAAAUCUGUCAUGUGUCCUGAGAUGUGGCCAUGCUCUCAUUUUCGUUGUCCUGCACUGAACUGACAACACACUAAUCUGGUGGUGAAGCCAUCUCAGUGCCACUGAACUGCAUCCAGACUGAGUGUCCAUCCGGCAGGGCCACAGCAGAAGCAUGCAUGUGCUCACAUUUACUCCUGUAACAGUUCUUUCAGCUUCUGUGCAGGAGGGGAAAAAUCACAGAAACUUUCAAACUCUAGAAUUUCCCCUCAACUCAUUCUAUCAGAUCAGUGGGAUGCUAAUUAUAGCCGGCCACCCUACUUGCCUGUAGGGUAUCUGUCCUAAAUGGCACCCUAUUCCCUAAACUUGCCUGUGUGUCUGUGGAUACAUCCUAAAUGGCAGCCUAUUCCCUAAAGUGCUCUACUUUUUACCAGCGCCUGCAUAGGUAAUAGGGUACCAUUUCAGAUGCAGCCUGUGUCUGUGUGGCAGUCUUUCUGAAGGUCCACUAGGCCAAAACAAUACGUGUCCUCAUCCCGUCCCUCUCUCCAGAGAAAGGCGUGGAGGAGUUUGAUGAGGUGCUGGACGGGCGACGGUGCCAGGCCGCCCUGGCAACACUCAGACACACCAAAUGGUUCCAGGUGGGACAUCUGUUCUGAUUUUAUGGUUUGAUAUUCAAUUCAUAUCUCAUUCAUAUUGAACAGUUUGCUCCUUAGGGGGAUAUUUGGGGAACAUUAAAUGGCUUAGGGGAGAGUGGGCUAAGUUUUGAAAUGUUUUACAUUCAGCAUCACUCCGUCAAGGGAAAUCUAGCAUUCUUUCUCAAAAAUAUAUCUACAUAUAUUUCAGGAUGUUUUGUAUCCCUGGAAAAAUCAGAAUGAAUGUAAACAUUACAGAUUAAAACAUGCUUGUUCAAAAAAGUGGUAUCUUGGCACCACUUACCCCCGAGUAUGGGGUAAGUUAAACCGCCUACACAUUUCUGUCCUGAAUGAAAUAUUAACACUACCUUUUUACAACCAUGUCUAUCUUUAUUUCCCAAACACAAUUCAACACAAUCACAAUUGCAUUUUUGUCGAUUUUAAUAAUUUUAAGCAUCUUUUAACACAGCCUUAACGCCUAACAAACACGUUGUACUUUCUUAACACUUUUAACAUAGGCCCUGUUGUUACCUCAUAUCACAGCGAUAAUGCCUUGCAUUACGCCUGGGAAGAUAACAUGUGCCAUUGGUUCAACUUACCCCAUGGCUAUUGGCUCAACUUAAUGCAAUGCAAACGUUUAUACUAUAUUAGCCCACACAGCUACAAGAAUGCACUUUCAUAUUGUAGCUUAUAGAUGAUGUAUAGAACAAUCUUAAAAUGAUCUACACUAAAAAUAAUAUAAAUGCAACAUGAGUUACAGUUCAUAUGGAAAUCAGUCAAUUGAAAUAAAUUAAUCAGGCCCUAAUCUAUGGAUUUCACUUGACUGGGAAUACAGAUAUGCAUCUGUUGGUCACAGAUACCUUAAAAAUAAGGUAGGGGCGUGGAUCAGAAAACCAGUCAGUAUCUGGUGUGACCAUUUGCCUCAAGCAGCGCGACACAUCUUUUUCGCAUAGAGUUGAUCAGGCUGUUGAUUGUGGCCUGUGGAAUGUUGUCUCACUCCUCUUCAAUGGCUGUGCGAAGUUGCUGGAUAUUGUUGGGAACUGGAAAAUGCUGUCGUACACGUUGAUCCAGAGCAUCCCAAACAUGCUCAAUGUGUAACAUGUCUGGUGAGUAUGCAGGCCAUGGAAGAACUGGGACAUUUUAAUGUUCCAGGAAUUGUUUACAGAUCUUUGGGACAUGGGGCCGUGCAUUAUCAUGCUGAAACAUGAGGUGAUGGCAGUGGAUGAAUGGCAUGACAAUGGGCCUCAGGAUCCCGUAAUGAUAUCUCUAUGCAUUCAAAUUGCCAUCGAUAAAAUACAAUUGUGUUUGUUGUCCGUAACUUAUGUCUGUCCAUACCAUAACCCCACCGCCACUCUCUUCACAACGUUGACAUCAGCAAACCGCUCGCCCACACGACGCCAUAUACUCUGUCUGCCAUCUGCACGGUACAGUUGAAGCCGGGAUUCAUCAGUGAAGAGCACACUUCUACAGCAUGCCAGUUGACAUCGAAGGUGAGCUGAAGUCUGUUACGACGCCGAACUGCAGUCCGGUCAAGACCCUGGUGAGGACAACGAGCACGCAGAUGGUAGUGGGUUCGAUCCCCGGGACCACCCAUACGUAAAAAUGUAUGCACACAUGACUGUAAGUUGCUUUGGAUAAAAGCGUCUGCUAAAUGGCAUAUAAAAAUGAGCUUCCCUGAGACGGUUUCUGACAGUUUGUGCAGACAUUCUUCAGUUGUGCAAACCCACAGUUUCAUCUUUUGUCUGGUGGCUGGUCUCAGACAAUCCCGCAGGUGAAGAAGCCAGAUGUGGAGGUCCUGGGCUGGCGUGGUUACACGUGGUCUGCGGUUGUCAGGCCGGUUGGACGUACUGCCAAAUUCUCUAAAAAGAUGUUGAAAUGAACAUUCAGUUCUCUGCCAACAUCUCUGGUGGACAUUCUUAGUCAGCAUGCCAACUGCAUGCACCCUCAAAACUUGAGGAAUCUGUGGCAUGGUGUUGUGAUGAUGAUGAUGAUUAUUAUUGUCCCCAGCACAAGGUGCACCUGUGUAAUGAUCAUGCUGUUUAAUCAGCUUCUUGAUAUGCCACACCUGUUCGGUGGAUGGAUUAUCUUGGCAAAGGAGAAAUGCUCACUUACAGUGAUGUAAACAAAUUUGGGCAAAACAUUUUAGCGAAAUAACCUUUUUGUGCGUAUGGAACAUUUCUGGGAUCUUUUAUUUCAGCUCAUGAAAAAUGGGACCAACACUUUACAUGUUGCGUUUAUAUUUUUGUUGAGUAACCGCUAACACAAAUUCAUUUGACUUGGUGAAAAUAAUUUUUGGGGACCUAACUUACUUACUACUUUUUCCAUGUGUUUUCUUCCUUCACACUCCAUGAAAUGAUGACCUCUUCCUAAAUAUUUGGUCAAAUGACUAAUUUUGUUUUAUGGUUUCCUAGAAACAAGUUUGGCUCAACUUACCCAUUUGGCUCAACUUACCCCACUCUCCCCUAAUAUCCUUUGUAUGACUGAAGGAUUGAGGAAUCCUUUUGGUAGACUGUACAUGUUGUUUUUAGCAUCACUGGACUUUAAACGUAUUUAGAGUAUGUUCACAUUGUCUUGUCGCUCCCCCAUGUAGGCCAGAGUGACAGAUCUGAAGUCAUGUGUCAUCGUCAUGCGUAUUCUCAGAGACAUGUGCAACAGACAAACUGUGUGGGAGCCUCUCAAAGGAUGGGUAAGUGGUCCAGGGAGAGGAGGAAGAGGUGUGUGAGAGUACAUAAUGUAUAUUUUGUGCUGUACAUGUUGAUGUCAUCGAGAACAGAUAGAGAAAGAGAACAUAUAUUUCUCUCUCUUUCUCCCCCCCCAUACAGCUGAUCUGUUGUCUCUCUCCCUCCUAUAGAGCUGAUCUGUUGUCUCUCUCCCUCUCUCCCCCUACAGCCCAUAGAGCUGAUCUGUUCUCUUUCUCUCUCUAUCUAUUCUCUCUCUCUCGACAGCCCAUAGAGCUGAUCUGUGAGAAGGCCAUAGCCACCUGUAACCGGCCCCUGGGGCCCGGAGAGGCCCUGCGCAGGGUCAUGGAGUGCAUCGCCUCAGGGAUCCUCCUCCCAGGUUAGUCACAGGGACUAGGAGGUUUUAUAUCCAGAUCUCCCCUGGGAAAGUGGUCUGCAUUUAAUUGGGACUUUCUGGUUAAAUAAAGGUUAAAUAAAAAUAUGACUCAUCCAUUCACUAGCCCAGUAAGCCCAGACAAUGUAAGAAGCUUUUUGAAUGUUGAUUUUUGACUGCUGUUCCAGAUGGGCCGGGAGUUCACGACCCCUGUGAGAUGGAGCCAACAGACACCUUGUCAGUGAUCACUGGCCAACAGGCUGAGGCUAUCACUCACAACGCACAGGUGAGACACCUUAACAAUACAUCUAGACAUUUACACACCUACAAUACUGUAAAGUCAGACUUGUAUAUAUCAGGAAAGAAAUUACACUGCUCUCCUCGUUGUUACCUUCCCCCCAACAUUGAUUGGAUGAUGUUGGUACGGCCACUCCAGAGGCCCAGUCCAGGUCUGUCGUUAGAUCAGUGCUACUGCAGCACUUCAGACUCUACCUCUACAGCCCCUUGGAGCUGAGGAGAGGAGACUGACGAUGAGCCCACUAAUGAGCGUGGGAAAGCACUCCCUGCACACCAGCAGUGCUUAGUGCUGCUUACUACAUGAAACACUUCUAGACUGCCCCUGGCCCUGAGCAGAUUGCAAUGUGAUGGUAUAGGGAUGGUAGAGGAAGGUGAGGAUCUCUCCAUUUCUCGCUCCAGACAGGAUGAAAUCUGUUCGUCCUUGCACUGUACAGUAAGUCGACGUUGUUGUGAGUGUGAAUCUGCUCCCAAUGUAAAAACUUUUUCCAAUCCAAUAAAAUGACUUAACCCCCUAAAGUCGAUUUCCCCAUAACAUCUGACGGUUUAAGCUAAAUAUAUCUGCAUUGGAUGCGUCUCAAUCCACUGCAUCUGCCUAUGUCGCACUUCCGCAUCUGUGGUGACGGAGCUAGAGCGCUGUUUGUCAGACAUCCCAAAAAUCGGUCUUCUCACAAAGACGUCUGUAGCGUCCGAACGGUUUGGGCAACAAAAAAAAACAGGUAUGACCCAUCUGUGUAAAGGUGAGACGCCCACAGGCCUCACAAGACUCAUCUGAAGUUCCCCCGGUACCAGUUCAAAGAAAUGUAUGGAAGUACUGUGUAUAUAUGGAGACUGUUUAGUGACAAAAAUAAGGGGUUAAAUACAUGUUAAAAAAAAAAAAACUCAGAUGUAGGAUAGAGAGUUCAGAACAAACUUCCUUUAGUUAUUUUGGGUGGGGGACUAUCUGUUCCAUGUAGUGAAGCUGUUUUUGUAGGGGCUAAUAGCAGUAAGGCCAAAUACAAAUUUUAAUCACAUUUUUGAUAAUUUUCCAUUUAAUUCAAAAGUUAAUUACAUCCUAGUAGGUAUUUCUAGUGUCACUCUUUCCUAGAGGGGUUGUGGGUGUUUUUGACUCUAGUUUUGUGCCCUCAUUCUGUGUGGUGUUUUAAUACUGUGUUUAUUCUGUGUGUUUCAGCAUGCGCUACGUCUCCUGGCCUUCGGACAGCUUUAUAAGGUUCUGAAUAUGAAUCCUCUCCCUCCAACCAAACCCUCACACAGACUCUCAGGGUUAGACAAAAAAGGUGUGUGUAUCCACAUGUGAGUGUGUGUAAAUACAGAGAUCUCAGGUGGUAUCUGCUCUCCUGAAGGUGAAUCCAUACUUUGUGUUCCACAGGAACCUGUCAGAAAAGGCAGCAUGAAGAUGGACACACUUACGACAGACAAGUCUUCAAGAAGAUGAAACACAACCUGAUGAGAGGUCAGAUUCACUGUUGCUCUGGCUCAACUGAUCUGAAUCCUUUUCCUCUCUAUUCAGCCUGGAGAACAACUUGAAGUAAUGUAGAAGCAUAGUAUUUCUGAAGAUCAGCCUAUGCCCAUUGACCAUACAAGAACUCUGGUACAUUCCAGAAUGUCAUUACUCAAAAACAGCAUUUUGAGUGGGGUAUUCAUCCCAUACCACCUCUCACCCACCCCUCAUGACUAGUAAGGAUGUAAUUAAAUACCCCCUCACUGUGACACCAAUCCCACAGGGCUUUAAUUUCCCACAGUUCAAAGCAGGUGACUGAGAGAUGGGAGUUGAAAUGGACUGGGGAUUAAUCCCCCCCUCCAGGCAGUCUCACACAAUUAUCUCUCUACCUCUCACAGGACACCCUACCUCUCACAGGACACCCUACCUCUCACAGGACACCCUACCUCUCACAGGAAACCCUACCUCUCACAGGACACCCUACCUAUAGUGCAUUCGGAAAGUAUUCAGACCCUUUGUUUUGUUACGUUAUAGCCUUAUUCUAAAAUUGAUUCAAAUAUUGUUUUCCUCAUCAAUCUACACACAAUACCCAAUAAUGACAAAGUGAAAACCGUUUAAAAAAAAAUGUUUUGCACAUUUAUUAUAAACAUUUAAACAGAAAUACCUUAUUUACAGACUCGAAAUUGAGCUCAGGUGCAUCCUGUUUCCAUUGAUCAUCCUUGAGAUGUUUCUACAACUUGAUUGGAGUCCACCUGUGGUAAAUUCAAUUGAUUGGACAUGAUUUGGAAAGGCACACACCUGUCUAUAUAAGGUCCCAUGGUUGACAGUGCAUGUUAGAGCAAAAACCAAGCCAUGAGGUCGAAGGAGUUGUCCGUAGAGCUCUGAGACAGGAUUGUGUCGAGGCACAGAUCUGGGGAAGGGUACUAAAAAAUUUAUGCAUAUUGAAGGUCCCCAAGAACACAGUGGCCUCCUUCAUUCUUAAAUGGAAGAAGUUUGGAACCACCAAGACCCUUCCUAGAGCUUGUUGCCCAGCCAAACUGAGCAAUCGGGGGAGAAGAGCCUUGGUCAGGGAGGUGACCGAAGGGCACUCUGACAGAGCUCCAGAGUUCCUCUGUGAAGAUGGGAGAACCUUCCAGAAGGACAACCAUCUCUGCAGCACUCCUCCAAUCAGGCCUUUAUGGUAGUGUGGCCAGACGGAAGCCACUCCUCAGUAAAAGGCACAUGACAGUCCGCUUGGAGUUUGCCAAAAGACAUCUAAAUACUCUCAGACCAUGAGAAACAAGAUUCUGGUCUGAUGAAACCAAGAUUGAACUCUUUGGCCUGAAUGCCAAGCGUCACAUCUGGAGGAAACCUGGCACCAUCCCUACGGUGAAACAUGGUGGUGGCAGCAUCAUGCUGUGGGGAUGUUUUUCAGCGGCAGGGACUGGGAGACUAGUCAGGAUCGAGGGAAAGAUGAACGGCGCAAAGUACAGAGAGAUCCUUGAUGAAAAUCUGCUCCAGAGCACUCAGGACCUCAAACUGUUGCCAAGGUUUACCUUCCAACAGGACAACGACCCUAAGCACACAGCCAAGACAACGCAAGAGUGGCUUCGUGACAAGUCUCUGAAUGUCCUUGAGUGGCCCAGCCAGAGCCCGGACAUGAUACCAGAGCUAACAUCUCUGGAGAGACCUGAAAAUAGCUGUGCAGUGACGCUCCCCAUCCAACCUGACCGAGCUUGAGAGGAUCUGCAGAGAAGAAUGGGAGAAACUCCCCAAAUACAGGUGUUUCAAGCUUGUAGCGUCAUACCCAAGAAGACUCUGCUGUAAUCACUGCCAAAGGUGCUUCAACAAAGUAUUGAGUAAAGGGUCUGAAUACUUAUUUUGUAAGAUUUUCCAUGAACCUGUUUUUGCGUUGUCAUUAUGGGGUAUUGUGUGUAGAAAAAAAAUUCAUCAAUUUUAGAAUAAGGCUGUAACGUAACAAAAUGUGGAAAAAGUCAAGGGGUCUGAAUACUUUCCGAAUGCUCAAUACAUUACAGGACACCCUACCUACAUUACAGGACGCUCUCCAUGUAUUACCACCACCUCCCACUCUGACACACCUGUUCCCUCCCUCAAUAUUACUCCGCGUCUGCCUGGGUAUUUAGAUUAGAACACACCUUGAACACCUGCCGUGCUGAUCUAGUACAGAAUUAGACCUAGAAAGUACUGUACAGAAUGAAGCUACUCAGUUGUUCAGAAUCACAAUGUACCACAUACUUUUGAUUGAUGUUAUUGAAAGCCUGUGUGGUCUCCUUGUUUCCUCCUCCUAGUUCUGGACAGUGAGAUGACGGACCCCAACCACCCCAUGAAUGCCCUGAUGAGACUGAACCAGGUCCACCCGGGGCUGCAGUACAAGCUGUUGUCCCAGUCCGGCCAGGUCCACUCUCCAGUCUUUACCAUGUCUGUGGACAUCCAGGGCACUGUCCACGAGGCCUCUGGCGCUUCCAAGAAGACUGCCAAACUAAAAGUAGCACUUAAGGUAACAAACCUAUUUCUUUAAAUGUCAUGGGAUAAACAAAUGGAAUCACAGGAGGUUGGUGGCACCUUAAUUGGGGAGAAUGGGCUUGUGGUAAUGGCUGGAGCGGAAUCAGUGGUAUGGAAUAAGAUGCCAUUCCAUUUGCUCCGUUCCGGACAUUAUUAUGAGCCCAUUCUCCCAAUUAAGGUGCCAACAACCUCCUGUGAUUCCAUUUGUUUAUCCCUCAGCAGCCUCCUGUGAAUGGAAUACAUGUUACGAGAGGAUGAAGACUAACAGUUAGGACAGGCAGAGGACAGAGAAGUGGAUUUUGAACAAAGAUGUAGAAUCAUCUGUACAUGCACUGUGACACGGACAGUAUUACAUUGACUCAUGGCAGAUAUGACAAAACUGUUGUGUGCGCUCUACCAUGAUAGCAAGUGCUGCUCCUCUAGAUCUUACAGUGCAUAUUAUUUGACCACCCCUUUAUGGUCCUCUUGCUGAUGUUCUCCAGGUCCUACAGGCUCUUGGUUACCCAGCUGGCUUCGAUGUGGACCUGGACUCCCUGAGUGCUGACGAGAGGUCUGACGGCGAGGGACGCAACCACAUAAGUGAGAGAAACGACAGAAUGUCCACCAGCUCCAGAAGCAACUCUGUCAGCUCCUCCACAGACACAUGCGAGGUAACCACACAACCGUCACACUAACAACACAAGGUAACCACACAACCGCCACACUAACAACACAAGGUAACCACACAACCGUCACACUAACAACACGAGGUAACCACACAACCGUCACAAUAACAACACAAGGUAACCACACAACCGUCACACUAACAACACAAGGUAACCACACAACCGUCACACUAACAACACAAGGUAACCACACAACCGUCACACUAACAACACGAGGUAACCACACAACCGUCACACUAACAACACGAGGUAACCACACAACCGUCACACUAACAACGUACACUAACAACACGAGGUAACCACACAACCGUCAUACUAACAACACGAGGUAACCACACAACCGUCACACUAACAACACGAGGUAACCACACAACCGUCACACUAACAUGACUACUUGUUCUAUAUCAUAGCAGAAUUUGAAAACUCAGUAUUCAGGUCCAGAUUGUCUGUUGACUUUCAUUGUGAUUGCUUAUAUGUUAGAUUGGUGUACAUCCCUAAUGAAUGUUUUGUGUGGUUCACCGACUGGACUCAUCUCUAACAACAGUGCUCAGUUGAACUAUACAGAGGUAGUGAUUUCCCCCCUAUUAUUGUCCCUAGGCCCGCAUCCCCGGCCCUCUCCUCACGGCAGGGGGCAAGAACCCAGUGAUGGAGCUGAACGAGAAACGCAGAGGCCUGAAGUACCAACUCAUAUCAGAGACUGGCGGCAGCUAUGACAAACGCUUCAUCAUAGAGGUCUUUAUCCACACGCACACACGACAGCCUAGCACUUGCUUGACUUUUUACUUUACAUUAUUUUCAUCUGACAGGAAAAACUAAUCUAGAGCCCUGCUAUUUCACUGGGCAGUGAAAUGGCCCUAAUGUAGUUCUGAAUGAUUGACAGUAUGUGGUGUGUACUGUAGGUGGAAGUUGAUAAACAGAAGUUCCGAGGCUCUGGGCCCAAUAAGAAAGCAGCAAAGGCUAGUGCCGCCCUCGCUGCUUUGAAGAGACUCUUCUCUGAUUCAAAAGACCCCCGCAACAAGAAAAGGAGGCCCACCACACCGGUGAGUGGAAAAACAUCAGUCAGCACAUCCAUAUAAUUCAUAUUAGCAUAUUAGUCCUGCAGCAUACGUCCGAAUGUAAAGAAAUGUGUGGAAAGGUGAUGCCAUAACCGUAAUGAAUGUGUGUGUUUGCAGGUGACGAGAACUGUGUCGUCAACCGUGUCUAUCCCAGUCCAUGCCCACAGCAGGCCUAGAAGCAGGCCA